CUUAAUCCCCACCUCUCCUUUGCCUCGCAACAGAGCCGACAGGACGGGAACAGCAUCAUGGCACAACUCAAGGACCUGCCUGUGGAGAUCCGAACCGAAAUAUGGGCCGAGGCCUUGGCCAAUGCAGACACGGACGGCAUGGAAGUCGUGUACUACUUCGACCCGGAGGACUUUGGGAUGGAGAGACAGAGUGACGGCCGCUACGUGCACGUCGAAUCCGACUGGGAAUCUGAACCCGAGGUUGUGCUCGCCUUCCCGGCCAUCAUGCAUGUGUGCCACGAGUCUCGCGAGUACGCCAAAAAGCGCCUAUCAUUCAGGGAGGACACGGUCAUGGGCAUCGAGAUCCCGUGCCGCCCUUACCGGCCAGAGACGGAUGCCUUCUUCAUACAUACCCGCCACCACAAUCACUUCCUCACGGUCUUGACGAAGGCCCAGGACGAUGAGGACAAGGGAAAGCUCCAGGAGGGCGAGAAGGCCUUCCACCGAGGGAUAUCGCGCCUUGGUAUCAGCUCACCAAUGCUCUUGGGGUCCGACAUUGGGGACGUGCUCGCCUCAUUCGUCCCUGAGAUGACGGCACUGCGGCAUCUGUGCUUCGUCUUUGGCAACAUCUACGACCUCGACGUGACCAGGCCGCUGAGGAUGUACGAGUGGUGGCUCGAGGACGAGACAGAGGUGAUCCAUGGGGUGCCGGGUACCAAGGUCCACGUGCAGGGAACACUGGACAGGAUCAGGCGGGAAGUGGCUUCCUGGGAGGUCUCUGAUGAAAGCACCGCCCCGUGGGAUGAAGAGAAUGGCGAGUGGCUCUUCGUGGUUGAGGCGGGGGAGAUAUCACAGGUCAAGGGUUGGGCCUCACUCUAG